CAUCAACUCCUGCACCGGCUCUUCAGCCAUGAAUAGAAUAAAAUAAAAACAAUUCUUUGAAAAAAGGACCACAGAAGACCGGACUAGCACCACAAUAAAACACACUCGGGUUUGAAGGAUGUAAAGCCAAAGGUGUGGAGGAACAGGAUGGAGUGCUCCUGGAAGACUGUGUUGCUGCUGGUGUGCGCUUCAUUGGGGGUCCAAUACACGGCCAUUCGCACCCUGAGGGAUUCGCUCUCCGGACCCUGUCAGAGCGGCUUCCAGUGUCAGAACAGACAUCACAGAGAAUCCAAUUGGAAAACCUUGUGUGAUGAGAGCUGGAUAUCCAUGGAAUCCCCCCGGAAGCAUAUCCUGCUCUUUGCCACCACCCGGAGUGGUUCAUCUUUCACCGGUCAGCUGCUCAACCAGCACCCUGAAAUCUUUUACAUGUUUGAACCCCUCUACCACGUCCAGCAGGCCUUCACAAACUCCAGUGGCAGGAUCCGUCGUACUUUGGACCGCCGGGCCCUGCUAGGAGCAUACAGAGACCUCCUGCUCAACUUGUACAACUGUGAGCUUCACUUUAUGGAGAGUUACAUUCGCCCCGAGCCCCAAGACCAUGUCACUAAUUCCUUCUUUCGUAGAAGUUCAAGCCAUGCCCUUUGUUCUCCUCCAGUGUGUCUGGAAGGAGGGUAUGGAGCAACACCUGAUCUACCUGAAGAAAGUUGGUGCAACAAGAAUUGCGGCAUGUUGAACCUUACCUUAGCGUCAAAGUCGUGUCUAUCAAAAGGCCAGGUAGCCAUUAAGACUGUUCGGAUCCCUGAGGUGGGGGACCUGAGAACUUUGGUCGAAGAUCCACGUCUGGACCUAAAGAUCAUCCACCUGGUGAGGGACCCUAGAGCCAUUCUCGCCUCACGCAUGACAGCGUUUUCAGAUCAGUUCCGUGCUUGGAAAAUAUGGAAUGCGACAGGGCGCCAACCGCGAUACGUGGACCUAUCGCAGAUAACGAGUACCUGCAAGGACAUGGUGGCGUCAGCAGAAGAAGGCCUGCAGAGACCAACUUGGCUGCAGGGCCGCUACCUCUUAGUAAGGUAUGAAGACCUUGCAAUAAACCCAAAGCACAAGGCCAAUGAGCUCUACCAGUUUAUUGGCCUAGAGAUGGAGGAUAGAGUGCAGACAUGGAUUGAAAGGAACACCAACAGCAAUUUGUCGGCUCCAUUCGAAUGGAAUUACAAGUACUCCACCACCAGAGACUCUAGAACGACGGCUGAGAGUUGGAGGCUUCGUCUGGGAUAUGAUAUUGCCAGAACUGUGCAGAAUCUGUGUAACAAAACUUUGGCCCUCCUGGGAUACAAACGUGUUCAUUCUGCAGCCCAAUUAAGAAACUUGUCCUAUAGUUUAGUUGAACACAUUACAUUUUAA